AUGAGCGGACCGCAGCGAGCCUUGUCGCCCGACCACCCCCUACCCAGGCUACCCUCCUCUCCCAUUAUCCCCUCCACCAUCAAUACAGCCACCAUCCCCGGGGGAGAUGGCGCCUUUUUGUCCCCUCCCGGCGCCUUCAACCCCAGGCUCCUCCCCAACCCCAGGACCUUACCACCACUAUCCGCCCUCUCGCUACCGGCGCACUGGCCCGUACCGCCUUCCUCCCCGCCCACGAGGGCGCUUCUGCCGUUGCCGCCAAGGGACCCCUUCCCGCUGGAGUGCUACUUCCGCCGCCCGCCGUCCGCAGCGAUCGAGCAAGCCAGACGCAUCCCGCCCCUGGUCCCAUCAGCGCGAGCCCUGCCGGCCGACGCCACCUGGUCCACGCUGUCCGUUUUCCCGCCCCCGGAAGAGCUUCCAGAGCUCGAGUUCCACCUGCCGCUCCACGAGCGCCGGACGCAGACGUUUACCGAGGAGCAGAUCGAGGAGUGGCGCCAGGGCGACUCGCGCCAGAGCCUCGCGGCCCAACGGGUCGAGCCUGAUGCGUCGCUGCGGCUUGCGCCGCUGGAGUACCGCCUUCCGGCUGAGCAGCGGCCGCAUUCUCCGGAUGGGCUCGAGGCGCCGCGCCGCAGGGACACGCAGCAGACGGCCGUGGCCGGACCGUCGGAGGCGGCGUCAGCGGCGGCGGAUAUAUGGUGGAAGGAGCUGCUGCCUCAGCCGGUUGAGCCGCCGGUGGUGAUGGAUGAGUCUGUUCGCUAUGGGCUCGAGAAGUUGAGAAGGGGACGUCCGGCGAAGAAGGGGAGGGUUGCAAGGGUUAGGAGAGCGAGGCAUCGACGCCCGCACAGGGAAGACUACAUGGGGGACGUAGAAAUGUCCGGGGCCUUACAGUAG